AUAUUUAGAAUAUUUAAUCAGCAAAAAAAAAAAAGUUUCAGAUAUUCCUAAAUUAAUGUACAUAGAGACACCAAAAAAUUCAGAAAAACAAGUGAACAUGUUGACAGAAUCCAGUGUACACCCACGUUGACCAAUCAACGCUUCUGCGUCUCUUGCGGAGAGAUCUGGCAACCCUCCUCCAGCCCGCAUUUCGCUCGAGCUGCGCGCUGAAAUCGGUGUGUCGUUUUCGCCCAGCGGUCCGUAGCGCGUGGCGAGCUCGCGGGGUGCUCCAGCGCUGCGCUUUUUAAACCCAUCUGAACGAACCUGACUCCAGACAGCGUCUGCAUUUGCUGGGCAGCACGCGCGAUGGCGCGACGCAGAGCACGCGCUGUGCCGAAGGGGCUCUGAGGGGGCGCGAGGACGCGCGAGGACGCGCCGGGAUCCGAUCAAGGAGGCUUUUCAUUCCGGAGUGCAUGUGCGAUAGAGGGACAGCGGAGCCACCCUGAGAAGCACUGGAGUUACCCCAACGCGCGAGUUGGACCUGAAGCUCGUUCUGUCGCCGCAGGACAAACGUCGGUGUUUUCACCUCGCGCGCAAGCCUCUCUCACCCCAGCGGUCCCGUGCCUGGUGCUGCAGCCCUGUCGCGUUCAGAGAGCCGCGGGGGUCUUGGCGAGGAACCCUACGGCUCACCUUUGCUGUCAUGAGUUCAGGUGCUGCACACCUGUGACGUCAUCCAACGUCGUGCGCACGCUGUUCAGGUGAAGCCGUAGUGGUCGUCUGUGUUCCCGCCCUCACCUACGACUCUGCCCCGCCCUGCCAAGCAAGCAUCGCACGUGCACUGGCCAAUCCGGGCAAGGAGGAGCGGCUUCACAAACAUCAGUGAGGCAGCAUUGAGGGGAGGGGCCAUGUGGGUGCUACAGGUGCUCCUAUUGGCCAGUCUGCUGGGCCCCGCCUCUCUGGCGUUCAGCCGAGCCCCAGUCCCCAUGGCAGUUGUGCGGAGGGAGCUCUCAUGUGAGAGUUACCCCAUCGAGCUGCGCUGUCCUGGCACUGAUGUCAUCAUGAUCGAGAGCGCAAACUAUGGACGCACGGAUGACAAGAUCUGUGACGCCGACCCUGCACAGAUGGAGAACACACGCUGCUACCUCCCAGACGCAUACAAGAUCAUGAGCCAGAGGUGUAAUAACAGGACACAGUGUGCUGUUGUUGCGGGCCCGGAUGUCUUUCCGGAUCCUUGUCCUGGAACCUAUAAAUACCUGGAAGUUCAGUACGAGUGUGUGCCAUACAAAGUGGAACAGAAAGUCUUCCUGUGCCCAGGCCUUGUGCGCGGUGUGUACCAGAGCGAGCACCUCUUUGAGUCGGACCACCAGUCAGGAGCCUGGUGCAAAGAUCCUCUACAGGCGUCCGAGAAGAUCUACUACAUGCCGUGGAUGCCGUACCGUACGGACACGCUGACGGAAUACCCGGGGAAGGAAGACUUCAUUGCCGGGCGGCCCACCACCACCUACAAGCUGCCGCACCGCGUGGACGGCACGGGCUUCGUGGUGUACGACGGCGCGCUCUUCUUCAACAAGGAGCGCACGCGCAACAUCGUCAAGUUCGACCUGCGCACGCGCAUCAAGAGCGGCGAGGCCAUCAUCGCCGGCGCCAACUACCACGACACCUCGCCCUACCGCUGGGGCGGCAAGACCGACAUCGACCUGGCCGUAGACGAGAACGGCCUGUGGGUCGUCUACGCCACGGAGUCCAACAACGGGCGGCUGGUGGUCAGUCAGCUCAACCCCUACACCCUGCGGGUGGAGGGUACGUGGGACACGGCCUACGACAAGCGCUCCGCCUCCAACGCCUUCAUGGUGUGCGGCGUGCUGUAUGUGGUGAAGAGCGUGUACGAGGACGAUGACAGCGAAGCUACCGGCAACAAGAUCGACUACAUCUACAACACGGAGCUGUCACGCGACGGCUUCCUGGACGUGCCCUUCCCUAACUCCUACCAGUACAUCGCGGCUGUCGACUACAACCCACGUGACAACCUGCUCUAUGUCUGGAACAACUACCACGUGGUCAAGUACUCGCUGGACUUCGGCACACUGGACAGCCGUCCAGAGUCUUCCUCCUCCAUUCACCUCCUAAUGGACACCACCACUGCCAGGACAACCACUCGCCCGACAACAGUCUCCACGACAACCACAUCCACCACCUCAACAACGACUGCUGUCAGCACCAGCACGGCCACCAGCUCCACCAGCAAGUCCCCGGCGCUGACCACGGUGGCCCUGCGCACACUCGUCCCAGCCACUGACCUCCAGCCUGUAGAGGGCGCUGUCCCAGAUGUGACGGCACACCCACCCCCCUCCUCCAUCCUGCCCAACGUUGCCGUGGAGUUCUGCAAUCCCAUUGUGGAGGGGGAACUCUCGUGGCCAAGAACACGACAGGGCCUGGUCGCCCAGCAACCGUGCCCCGCCGGGACUAUAGGAACUGCUUCAUUUGCAUGUCUGGGACCGGAGGGUCUGUGGGACUUGCAGGGGCCUGAUCUCAGCAACUGCACUUCUGCCUGGGUAACCAUCAUCAACCAGAGGAUCCGCGCUGGGGAGCCUGCAGCCAUCAUCUCACGCGAGCUCUCGGAGCAAACCAAGACCCGCGUCCACGCGGGGGAUGUCACCUACACGGUGCGCGCCCUGGGCCAGCUGGUGGAACUGCUUGAUGUCCAGCUUCGCAAUCUCACCCCCGGGGGAAAAGACAGUGCUGCCCGGAGCCUCAACAAGCUGCAGAAGAGGGAGCGAUCCUGCCGGUUUUUUAUUCAGGCGAUGGUGGAGACGGUAAACAACCUGCUUCAGCCCGAGGCUCAUGCGGCGUGGGCGGAGCUGUCGUCCGGGGAACAGCUGCGCGCUGCCACCAUGCUUCUGGACACUGUGGAGCAAGGCGCGUUCGUGCUGGCCGACAACCUGCUGAAGACCGACGUGGUCCAGGAAAACACCAACAACAUCCAACUGGAGGUGGCUCGGAUGAGCACGGAUGGUAACCUCCCCGACCUGAAGUUCCCACAGACCGGAGACCAGAGCAGUUUCUUCCACUUGUCAGCCAACACCCUCAAGCAGCAUGGCAGGAAUGGUGAGAUCCGCAUGGCCUUCGUGCUCUACAAGCACCUGGGUGCUUACCUGUCGACGGAGAAUGCCAGUGUGAAGCUGGCCAGCGAGGCGCUCAGUACCAACUACUCCAUCAUCGUCAACUCGCCUGUGAUCACUGCUGCUAUCAGCAAGGACAGUAACAAGGUGUACCUGUCUGAGCCCGUCAUAUUCACCCUGCGCCAUGUCCAGCAGACGGAGGAGAACUUCAACCCCAACUGCUCGUUCUGGAGCUACUCCCGACGCAGCAUGACGGGGGUCUGGUCCACGCAGGACUGCAGGCUGCUGGGAACCAACCGAACACACACCUCCUGCUCCUGCACACACCUCACCAACUUCGCCGUGCUCAUGGCUCACGUGGACGUCAAGAAUGCUGCGCCGGUCCACGAGCUCCUCCUGGACGUCAUCACGUGGGUGGGGAUCCUGCUGUCUCUCGUCUGUCUUCUCAUCUGUAUCUUCACCUUCUGCUUCUUCCGUGGCCUGCAGAGUGACCGCAACACCAUCCACAAGAACCUGUGUGUCUCACUCUUCAUCGCCGAGACACUCUUCCUCACCGGCAUCAACCGCGCUGACCAGCCUAUUACCUGUGCGGUCUUCGCGGCGCUGCUCCACUUCUUCUUCCUGGCGGCGUUCACCUGGAUGUUUCUGGAAGGUCUGCAGUUGUACGUGAUGCUAGUGGAGGUGUUUGAGAGUGAACACUCACGCAGACGCUACUUUUACCUGGCGGGUUACGGGAUUCCUGCCCUCAUAGUGGCCGUGUCUGCAGCCGUGGACUACAGGAGCUACGGGACGGAGAGAGUCUGCUGGCUUCGUUUGGACACCUACUUCAUCUGGAGUUUUAUUGGGCCUGCGACAUUCAUCAUCAUGUUGAAUGUCAUCUUUCUGGGCAUCGCCCUCUACAAGAUGUUCCACCACACUGCCCUGCUGAAGCCGGACUCUGGAUGCCUGGACAACAUUAAGUCGUGGGUGAUUGGGGCGAUAGCUCUGUUGUGUCUGCUGGGUCUCACCUGGGCGUUUGGGCUGAUGUAUGUGAAUGAGAGCACAGUCAUCAUGGCGUAUCUGUUCAGCGUCUUCAACUCACUACAGGGAAUGUUCAUAUUCAUAUUCCACUGUGUCCUGCAGAAGAAGGUGCGUAAGGAAUAUGGGAAGUGUCUGCGGACUCACUGCUACAGUGGGAAGAGUGUGGAUUCGUCCGUGGGCUCAGGGAAAAACUCCACCUCACGGCCAGCUGGACGCUACUCCGCCAGCUCUCAGGUCCACCAUCAACCUUGUAUGACAAACUGCUCACAGUUACACUACGAACAAAGUCGGAUCCGUCGCAUGUGGAAUGACACGGUGAGAAAACAGUCAGAGUCGUCCUUCAUCACUGGAGACAUCAACAGCUCUGCCACCAUCAACAGAGGAGCUAUGGCCAAUCAUCUCAUCUCAAAUGCGCUACUGAGGCCACACAGUUCCAACAACCCCUAUAACACUCUAGUAGGGGACUCUGCUGUGUAUAGCCACGCACCGCUCAGCAUGUACAACACACAAGAGGGAAUCUUGAACAAUGCCCGGGAUACAAGUGUCAUGGAUACUCUACCACUGAAUGGUAACCAUGGUAACAGCUACAGCCUGGCCAGCGCGGACUACCUGAGCGACUGUGUGCAGAUCAUUGAGCGCGGCUACGGCGGUCCUCCGCCAGAGACCACUCUAGAGAAACGCAUCCUCAAAGAACUCACCUCCAACUACGUCCCUUCCUACCUGAACAACCAGGAGCACAGCCGCAACCUCGUCAACAAGCUUGUCAGUAACCUCGGCAAUGGGAGCAACAACGGAAGUGUGGUGGGUGGGGCCGGCCGGGGCAAAGAACCGCCCAUGCUGCCCGUCAACCUGGCCCUGGCGCUGGACGACUCCCCCGCCUUCGCCCCCACCGAGGCCCCGAGCCUGGAUCUGAUCCGCGAGGAGUCCGACACCCCGCUGCUGGCCCCGCAACGCCCCGCCCACCACGCCUUCGGCUCCGCCCCCUCCUCGGCUCGCCGGCGCCUCCCGCAGGAGAACAGUGAGAGCUUUUACCCGCUCCUCCGCGAGGAGCUGGACGGGGACACGCCGUCACCCCAGAGAGACUCGCCGGAUGCCGGCACCCCGGCGGAGGACGCGCGCACGCUGCCCCGCGCCGGGGGCGGGCCCGGGGACCCCCGCGCCCUCGCUGACCCGGACGACGUGUACUACAAGAGCAUGCCCAACCUGGGCUCUCAGAAGCAGCCGCACGAGCUGCAGGCGUAUUACCAGCUGGGCCGCGGCAGCAGCGAAGGGUUCAUCAGCCCCGCCAAGGAGGAUGCGUCGCCUGGGGAAACGCCGCGGGAGCCUGCCCACCUCGUCACCAGCCUAUAGGGGGCGCCGACAUGCCGCCGCCAGAACACAUGACCACCAGCUCCCUUCGCCCUCCGUUGGCCGUUGUGACACCCAAACUCCACCGAAACCCCGCCU